AUGACCAGUACGGUCAAAGUGAAAGCGGAGUCUUCCACUAUCACUCGCCGAUUCGAGAUUGACUCCGAAUGCUCUUGGGAUGAACUGAGAUUACAAGUAAGUUCUUUGUUGUUUCUUAAAGAUUUUCAGAUACAAAAGCGUUGUUAUCCUAUUGAAGGCUCGCUGACAAAGUUUCUUGUAUCUUUCUUUAUUUAGAUUAGACGAUUAUUCGACUUGCAAGACGACUUUAGUUUGAAAUAUAUUGAUGAUGAGGAUGAAUUGGUAAGCAUUUAGCCACCAGGCUGUUACUUGUAUGUAAGCUAAGCCUAUAGCUGCGUCAUAAUUUCUGGCAUAUGCAGCAGAUUAACAUGGUUACAAUGUUUUAAAGAUAGCUUAUAACGCGAGUUUGUUUAUAACUUCAUUAUUAUACUCCGAUCCUAAACGCAUAUGCAUUUGCAAUGAUGCUAAGCGCUCUAAGCUAAUGAUUUUUGUUUGUUUCUUGAAUUCAGGUCACAUUAGGAACGCAUGGUAAGUUAAAACAAAAGUCAUUUUUCUAUUAUUCUAAGCCAGUAUUUUCUUCUAGCAUCGACCCAUUUUAUUUUUAACUAAUGAAUUGUGUUCAUUCAGCUUGCACUGCUAGCUGGUCCCUUUCAGUAUUGAAAAACUGAUAUCAUUUUCGAAGUGCAGUUUUGUUUACCAUUUUAAGCUUACUGUUUAAGUCUCAUGUAAUUUUAAAAUACAUUUUAACCUUAUAGAAACGUAAAAUUAUGCAGUGUUUCUUGUCUAUUCUGGUUUAUCUUUUUCUGAACUUCAUUGCUUGUUGCAGUCAUUAUUUAGAUGUUGAAGACAUACCUUGCAACUCUCAUAGAAAGCCAAAAGUCAGAAGAGUUUUAAAUUCUCAAAUUCAUUUAAAGUAUUGAAGACAAGCAUUGCCUUCCAAAAUACUACCUGAGAUGUGAAUGGUCACAACAUUGGUUUUUGUUAACCAAAGUCUACCACAGUUUAUACCUUCAUAAAAAUUAUAAUUAUUUUUGUGUAAGAUAUGUCUGUGAAUGUUUUAAUCUAAGGUAUGAAUGCUAAUUGGUGAAAAACUGAACCAGUGAAUAUAAUAUUAUGACACUUUCAGUUACAAGUUUACUCAGUUUCCCCAGCCUAAGUAAACAAGGGAUGUUUUACUGGACAUCCUGUUUAUCCCAAGUCAUCAACCUUUGUAAUAAAUUUAGCCAUCUUGCAAAGCAAAAGCAGUCAACGAUGACAGUAACCCCAAUAUUCGCAGCUUACAGGCUGAAGCAAUAUCAGUUUUAAAGUAGGAAUUAAUGUAUGAAUUAAAAAAGUAACAAAGAAAUCCCUUUCCAAGAUAUACAUGACUACUGUAUGUACUGUAGAAAAAUUAUACUUGACUACAAUGAUUAUCUUGAAGCUGGCCUACUAUGAACCAGAUGUAGUAAUCUUCUUUUAUUUUGUUUAACUUAGUCGUGAUACAGUGAACCCUCAUUAAAACAAAUUAUUUCCUCAUUUCUUGAUUCUUUGUUAUAUUGAUGUUCAGCUAGAACUGUAACCAGUAAACUUCCUUUCUCCAAGGUCAGAUACAUAGAAGCUAAUGUCAUUUCUCCAGACUGAACUCCAUACUGUCCUUUAAAGAAUAAGUUGAGAAAAAUAAACAUUGACGAAAGAGCGAAGCAUUUUCCUUUAGGUGAACAUUUUUAGUAAUUGUCAUUUUCUUUUGACCUCAUUAUAUUUGGAUUCUGAUGGGAGAAUAUUGAUUUUGGUCACUCUUGGAUCUCAAAAGGGUUAACUGCUAACAUGUGGUGUUCAAAUUCAGAAGUUGAUCACAAAAUUGGCUGCAUAUUGGCCCAAGUGGUUACUCCAGUGUUAAGAUUUAUACAACUUCCUUAGAAUCUUUGGAUUGAUCGUCAAAACAGAGUUAAGUGACAGCCUGUACUUUACAUAGUUAGGUUUUGGUAUUGAUCAUUACAAGUAGAGAGAAGUUGCUAUAAAAAUUAUUUAUCUGACAACAUGCAUUUUUAUUGUUUCUAGGUGAGCUGGAGGAAGCUUUGAAGGUAUGCUAAGAAUGUCAUACAUGUUCAUGUACCAUACUUUACGACGAAAAACAGAGUCAGUUAAAAAUGUGGUAGAUGGGGUAAUUUAAAAACAAAAAUGUGAGUUAGCAUAAAUGACUCUAUAAACUGAUAUGCAUUAUAAUAUAUAAUAUAUUAUGAUGUGUUAUCCAUUUAUAGUAAAGAAAGUAUUUUUGUAAAGACAGACUGCAAAAUGUGCAUGUCAUAAACAUCUUUGGCAUUCAUGUUCAGCUGCAGCUGCUUGACCAAUGAAUGUUGUUUUAUUUUUUCAACCAAUUAAGGAUAUAUCACACUUUCAAAGUCAAGUUUUUCUGCCACGGGUGUUACAGUUUUUUCCGGCUGAGUUCCAGCAAAACCCAGUGGUUAUAACUGAUGAGAAGAAAAGGCAAUUCACUUUUCUUGGAAAUUGUGUUAAUUUUAGUCUGCACACUUCUUCCGUCAUAUUCUUAAUCAGGGCUGACUCUCAGGCACUAGUUCAAUCCCCGCCUAGCUGCUCGCUGGAAUUGUCCUUGGUAGUCCUGAGUUCACCUCCUCAGUCACCCGUGUAAAUAGCCAACUGUUUCACCUCCAGCCAGUUGGCAUGUUAACCUUGUGGGCCACAAUAAAUUUAUUAAAGAAAACUACUGGGUUACUAGUAACUGUGUUACCCUGUUAAGUCAGGUUUUUCUGUUUAAAAAGUCUCAAAAUACUUCCCAUCGGUUAAAUUCUCUGCUUACCAAUUCCACAUACCCAGUAAGUUGAAAUUGUACUGACACCCCUGUAUAUAGGCAUAGGGCUUGAAGAAAAUUGAAAAUUGAAAUAAAUGUUACCUUGUCCUUAGGAUGAGCAGUGUGCAAAUAUAUUUUUUCUGCUCAGCACUCUUUUAUCCUUGUCUAAGGUUAGGAAUAAUUAAAAAGAAGAUGACUUGUCUAGGUCUUUGCACACUGACCAAGUGAUCAUGAAAAAUUACUUACAUGUACCUGGAAGGAGAAUCUACUUCUCCUGGUUGACCAAAUGGGGCUUUUUUGAGCUCUGAGAAUUUCCUAUUUUCUCUUGUUUCACUCUGAAAAAAUGUCUCAUUUUCAACACAUAAAGCCAAUUUAUUGAAAGUGAAGCAAAGGCAGGAAAUGACAAUCAGGUUCAUGACAGGGUACACACUGUACAUCAGAGUAGCUAGUCUUUAAACAUCACCUCUGUGAUUCAUGUGCAUUGCAGAUACCGGGACGCAAAGAAAGUCAGUUUUAGAGUUUGCCAUUUGGGCAAGCUGUGCAGGGGUUAGCUAGCAUGUUCUAUCCCAGAAUUCAUUUCAACUAGCCAGAAAAAAUCUUAAUGAGCAGGAUUGGUUUCUGUUUUUCUGUAAUUUGAAUUCCUCAGAAAAAUUCACAUGCCUGUUGGAAAGUUUAAGAACAAAAUUCACUGGCUUAAUAAAAACUACUUCCUUUGCAUCCAGGGAUACUUGUUAAUGACCGAUAAUUUUUUUAUCAAUUUUCACAGGUCACCCAGAAAACAGGCUUACUAAGGCUGUUUGUGGAAAGUUCUUCUGAUCAAGGGCCUCUUGUGGGAAUUGAAAGUUUUGAAGACUUGCUUGGUGAACCCACUAAAGAGACACUUGUAGUAAGUAUGAUUAUUAGCUACAUUGAAUUAGGCUGAGUAGGAUGUGAAGAAUUAUGCAGAUUGAGGAGGAUGUUAUUCAAUGAAGCUGAGGGGGAUAACAUCCUCUGAGAUCUGCAUAAUUCUUCACAUUAAAGGAAAGCUGAAUUCAAUAAUAAAUAAUAAUUAUAAUAAUUGUAUUAUAUAAUAAGGAAACAGUUCAAUACUUUCAAAAAAGGAAUCUUGUAUUAAAACUGACCUAUGACAAACAUGCAUUCGUUGCGUGUUUCUUCUGUUGGGUAAUCAGGACAAAAAAAGUUUUUGGUUUAAUGAGAUGAUAAUAGUUCCUCCUUCACGACUAUAAGAAAAAAAGUCAGACUUCUGAAUGUUGUUUCAGUGGAGAACACUUCAAGUGAUGCCUCAGCCAGGGGCAUAAGUCACAAAACAGCAGGCUCUCGAAAUGGGUCCAUUAAAACCUUAUCAACCACCUCUCACAAAGUAAAAUCAAGUAGGAGAAGUUGCCCUCUACACAAGAAAGAUCAGGAAAUUAAUGAUCAGUUAAUAUUUUAACAAGAAAAGUGCACCCGACUGUUUAAGGCAACAUACCUUCAGCCAAAAAGAAGGAAACGUAAACAAAGCAAACAUUAGAGAAAGGCCAAGAAAGCAAAACAGCACAAUAUGAAGACUAAUUGUAAACUGAUAAUUAUGAGAACCAUUACACCGUAGCAUAAUGAUGGUGAUGCAGAGCCCAUAGGCCCCCUAGAACUCUGUUAUGAAGUAAUUAGCACUCUAAAAAAGAAUCAGUUGCCUCAGUUACAUCUAAAUGCCUUUGACAAGAGACUGUUCACUGUCACUGUAAAGGACAUUAUCAAGCAACCUUUACCAUGAGUGAGACUGAGGAUGAUCAUUAUGGCAAUAAUAUAAUGUUGUUGAUUAUGAUAUUCAUGAUGUCACCAAUGCUGGUGUUGAUGCUGUCAGAGAGGGAAGGCAGUUUUCCUGAGACAUUUAAAAAUUGACCUGCAAAAGCAAAACAUGAGCUGUUAGUUUUAUAAGUUAGGUUCUUACACUUAAACUUUCAAUAGCUUGUCUUGUUAAUACAGUUGAACCCUCAUUAAGCAGCCACCCUCGGGGUACUGGCAAGUGGCCGCUCAAUAGAGGUUGGUCAUAAAUUAGUAGUAAUCUUCCGCAUCACUUUAUUUGGAAACAGACACUUGAUGGGAGUAGUAAAGAUAUUACUGGUCUCCAAUAAGACCAAUUAUUAGUCUUAAACUUCUAUCUCAGACUGUAUUUUCCUCCGUCGUAUUCUUUAAAAAAAAACCAAAAAUUAUCUUUUUAACUCCUGUCGAUCACCUUAAUGGACCCAUCAGGAAAGACAGCUUGUUUUUGUGUCUUUUGUUAUUUUUUUAGUUUUUUUUCAAAGUUUUUGGGGAGUCGUCACUUAUUAUUAUGAUUGACAUACAUGUAGCAAAAAUUGAAACAUUGGUUCAAUUUUUUACUUAACAAUAAUAGUUAUGCACUAUUGAAAAGCACUGUAAUAGAGGAGAAUAUAUUUGUGGUUAAAUUUUCGUUUGCCAUUAUUGAUUGGUGUUGUUUUCUAACUUCAGGCUCAAAAACGUAAAUUUGUGGUCAACACCACUGCUCCAUUAGAGCCAAACAGCGCUUUCAAGACAGCAAAAAUGGAUGAUCCUGCCAUCUCAGAGGCAGAGAAGUUACCCCCAGACUCCUCAGAACCAGGAACCAAUGUAACAAGUUCCUUUGAAUUUGGAUUGCCAUCCAAAGAGAACAAAGAAGAAGAUGAGGGUAGAACUCAGACGGUUGUGAGGCUUGUAGAAUCAUGGUCCUCCGUUGCGGCUGAUAAAGACAACUUGCCCUUUUCAGGAGAGCAGUACACCCCUUUGGUUCAGUUGAUGGCUCCCCUGCCCACUGGACAACCUCCGCAACCUCCACCACCUUCAACCAAACCCAGGAAAGGUCCAGAUGGGGCUAAAGGCUGCUACACCAAGCUAGCCGAAAAUGUUGCUUUUGAACUGGCAGCUGUGAAUGAACAGCUUAAUGAAACGUUGCGCACCUCUUUUGAGAAGCAACGGUCCGAAAAUAGACGUGGGCAAGGGAUGGAUGAAGGAGAGGAUACGUAUGUGUUUGUUAAUCAGCAGGGUAAGAUAAUCAGUUGAAUAAUUUUAUCAUCAUCGUCACUCCAAGCCUACAGUAGGAAAACAAUUUCUCAGCUCAAAGAAAUGAACAGCUUUCCAAUCCCUUGUCUGUGCCUGUAACUUGAUUAUUAGAAUAUGCAACAUGAUUAUCAAAAUAUGCAACAUGAUUAUCAAAACAUGUAACAUGAUUAUCAAAACAUGCUUGAACAUAAUAUUUAAUCCAGAGAAUCACGAGAAAACAUGUGAUGAUCUUUCUUUUUUUUGUUUUCAUACACGCUACACAACAUGAAUAACACUACCUGAUCAGUCCUCAACCUUAACAGUGGUCCACUAGCCCAUGAUUAAUAAGAAAUGGGAUUGGGCUGGUAAAAUUUUAGAACAACUACCCACCAGGCUAGUCAAAGUAGAAAGACAAUUAAAGAAAACAUCAGUUUUCGUUGAUCGCGGCGGACAAAAAUAAAUUAAGAAACUUAUCCAAUAACUCCAUUUGUGAUAAGUGGGACUGGUAGGAGGACUGCACACUAGUGGGACCCAGUAAUAAUUUAUUGUAAUGUGAUGAUCACCAUCUUGAUUGGGGCCUUGGUCAACAUGGAAGAGAAUAGACUCUUUUUUCAAGAAAUGCGACACUCCUAAGAGGAAGCAGCGUGUCGAAUGCUGAAUGGACAAGCAACUCAAGCUCAGACUUUGCUAAAGAAGCCUGACACUUUCAGUUUCAUCCCAAGUGGAAAGCAACAUUUCUUCUAGUACUUUUUCUUUUAACUUGAUAUUUUUCUUUGAUUAUCACUAAUAAGCAAGAGCUUUCGUUGUUUCUAGUUAUCUCACAAAAUAAGCAGCAAAAUUAUAAGUAUUCAGACAAUUAAUCCAGGCUUAGACUUGCCUCUUUUGAGCUCAGUAAGUGUGCGGCAAGAGCAAACAUUUUCGCGUGACCUUCCAUACAUCCCCUCUGUUUUAUCAACCCGCAUACAUACGGAAAAAUUACGCAACAGUGGAAAUCCUCCCUAAGGGUCAGAGGCUAGGGAUUUCUUAUAACUGUCAGAUACUUUCAUAGGAAAAUCCAUGUCGUUUAUCAUAAUAUUUUACUAUUUAUAAUGUUUUUCUACAUGACAAGUACACUCAGUAGGUAUGAAUUAAACUUAUUUUUUGUGUAUGGUUUUUUUUUUUUGAAUAAGGCAAUCUGUUAGAAACUGAUGAAGACAUGACCCUAACAAAUGAGGUGCUUAAUUCCUCUUCUAAUCAGUCCGGAGAAACAGAGGAAGAAAGCUUAGAUGAUGAGAGUCCUUGUUCACCACAGAAUUCUCUUGCUUCUGACGGCAAUGGCUUUGAUCACACGUCAAUAGAGCAAACUGUUCACCGAGUUGUUCAAGAGGUAAAAUUAAUAUAAUGGUCAAGAGACUUGUAGCACAAUACUUAUAAUAUGUACACUCCUUUAGAAAAAGAUUUUAAUUGUAGUUAAGUAACAUAAUGUUGAAAUAUUUAGCAAGUCAAUGACAGUUUUCACUGCAGUGGUUUCACUGCAUAGUUUUACAAUAACAUUGAUAGUUUUGGACGUCUAUUUCCAUUGAAGUUUCUUGGAAAAUCCUGCAGGGGCAAGUAGAGAGAAAAAUGACAGAAAUGCAUCACCAUCAUGCCUUUUCCAUGGUCUGCACUUUUAUACACCAUCGCUCUCAACCAAUCAGUGCAUGCAAAAUCAAUCAGUUAUUGUAAAAUAUUAUUCAGAAGAAUUUGAUAGAAUAAGCAAUCAUGGAGAUCCGUGAAAAUAGAUGAAAAUUCAGCAUGUAAUGUGUAACAACUUAUUUGCUUGUAAUAGUUAGUAUUUUAAAGCACAGUGUAUACAUUUUAAAAAAUCUCAAAUCCACAUUAUCUUGGUGAAUGUUGAAAUACUACCUACAUAUUAUAGUUCUUUAUGGUUUUCAAACUUCUUCAGUAUGGAUAUCAUUAUCAUGAUCACUAGUAAUGGUAACAGGGCUGAUCUGAGCUGGAAUCCAAUUUGGUCAGUAAUCAUACAAGUGAUUAACAAAAUCGGACCACUGCGUAGUGGAAGUCUGAUUUGUUUAAUCACGAGUGUGAUUACAGACUGAAUUGGACAACACAAAGUUCUGUUACCAAUUAAUCAUAACUUUAACUAAAUUUGUGAUAUAUAAGGCUCUUUUUAAAAUCAAAGAACAAGAAAUUUUAAGAUUAUUUUUUGCUAACAGUGAAAAAAAAAAGCCAUUUAAGCACGUGUGUGAUGGUGCGUACUGUCCAAUUACUUGGGCAUGACGUGCAUUGUCCUAUUAGACUGUCCAAUAAAGGCUGAAAUCAUAGUAGUUGAUAACCAAUCAAAUUUGAGAAUUUUGUUAUAGUUAUGAUUAACAUUAUUAUUGAUUGUGCCUUUUAAAUUUUCUUUAUUCUUCUUAUUAUUUUAAUCUUUCAUUUUUUCCUUCGGUUUUUUUACAGUCAUUGCCACUCAUUGUGGAACAAACACUGAGGAAUCUUCAAGGACUUCAUUUAGAUGAUCAGAAAGGCAACUCAUUUAUCGGACAAAGUCCUGCAAAAUCAAAUGUUGCCAAAGGUAUAACUUUUGUUGUCAUUCAUUUUUUCUGUCGUACUGUAAACCAGAAUUUUUGCUAUUCAGGUUAAUGAUACUUUACCCUAAUGCUAACUUGUCCACAUUUUAUUAGUUCUCCACAAAGGGAUAUUCUGCGCAGAAUGUAAUCAACCUGUUGUUGGAAUCCGAUACAAAUGCUGGUAAGAAAUUAAUACAUAUUUGCGUAUUAACCAAACUAUCCAAAGGUUAAAGAGUGCAGGGGACAAUGACUAAAAUGCCCUUGCUCCAAUGCUGUGCUUUUCAAAAGUUUCUUGUGAUUUAUUAAGAUACUAUUAGAUGGUCAAAAGAUUUGUGAAGAGGUUACAAGUGAUAAGAGGUUUGUGGAAGUCCAGACAAAGCUUGUUAGAUACAUGUAUAUAUGUUGUGGUUCAAAUUUAAUCUUUGGUUUGAAUUUUUUUAAACUGGUUAGAAAUUUUUAAACACAUAACUCGUUCUCAUUUAUUUGUACCUCUCCUGGUAAAUUACGGUGUAAAAUAUACUUGUGACAUCAACUUGGUUCCACAUUGUAGUAAGCAUUUUAGCAAUUACGGUUAAGCAUUUAUUUCAAAUGGUUAGCUUUCAUGUAAGUUUAUGGCCACAACACCAUUUCAGUGAUUUUUGUUACCUUUGCAUCCUGCAUCCCUGACACAUAAAAAUUCUCAAAGACACAAAAUAAUUUGUGGUAUGUGUCCCAUAGGAUGGAAAGAUCAAUUGAUCAAUCUGAAGACGUUUAAAUUGUAGAAUCAUAUCCUGUUUUUGGGUGAUUUGCUGUGACUGUUCUUGUCGCUGUUGUUUAAUGACACAUAUUUCUUGUAGUAUUUCUUUUGCUUGACAAUAGAAGGAGUAUAUUUUUAUUUCAGUAAACUGUGAUAUGGAGUUUUGGAGAUUAACUGUGUGGUUACAUUGGGACUUAUUGGAAAUUAUAAUGACUCACUCUUCACAGAGAGUAUGAUUUAUAAAUGAAGGUACAGUUAACUAUUAUUUUUGUUUACAGCUUUUGCACAGACUAUGACCUGUGUGAAGAUUGUGAGGCAGUGGAUGGAAUUCAUGAUUCAAACCAUUUCUUUGCAAAGCUCCACAAUCAUGUACCUGGAAUAGGGAGAAAAAAUGGAGAGAUGGUGCCAAUAUUGAAAAAGUCUGUGUAUCGAACAGUCUUCAAGGAAGAAUUAAAGAAUGAAUGGAAGAUAGAGAAAAGAAGGGAUAGAGAGGAAAGAAAAGAAGAGAGAAGAAAAGGCAAGGAGGAACGAAAAGUGGAGAAAAGGAAAGAUAAGGAAGAAAGGAAGGAAGAGAAAAAGCGGGAUAAGGAUGAAAAGAAGGAGAGGAAAAAAAAGGAGAAGUACUACAAGGCUAUCAGACUGGAGGAGAAGAAUAAAAGAGAAAUAAAAAGGAAACUGAGAGAGAUGUAAGUUCCUAGAAAUUGUGGAAUGCCUUUAAGUUCCGAAAGUAAUGACCCCUCAAAAGUAGCGAACCUCUCAAAGUAGCGAUAAGAUGUCACAGGUGUUAGCAAAUCCCAAAAGUAGCGAUAGAUAUCCUGAACAAAUGCCACACUGAUUGAGGUUUAUUAAUGGUGAUUAUUUGACAUUCCUAUUCAUAAAUCUUAAAAUACGGGAUAUAUACGAACAUUAGCUUUUUUCAAAAAGUAUUCCUUUCAGUCUUUGCAAUUUUAUUUUUUGAAGUGCCCAUGUGGAGUACACGUUUUAGCCAUCCAAAAGUAAGGACCUCCCCCCCCCCCCUGAAAGUAGUGAGCCUCCAAAAGCGUUGAUAGCAGAAGGAUGCUAAAUUCAAGAGUAAUGAGGGUCAUUACUUUCGAAACUCUACGGUAGUCCAGUUUUGAAUUCGUCUCAAUCACUGAAUAGAAGCUCUGAAGACUCGUUUAUACAGGGUUAGCCUUAACCUAAAGUUAAAUAUUCACAAAAUACUGGCAAAUUUGAGUUAAAACCAAUGGACUCAGAUGUACACAGGUCUUCUUCUGACUAAAAUUUGUGAAUAUAUUUACGUUAGGUUGAGGCUUACCCUGUAUAAAUGAGUCUUCAGUGCUUCUAUUCAGUGGCUGCAACGAAUUUGAAACUAGACUAUUGCCAUAGAGAAAGUGAGAAAUAAUGUUUUUGGAAUGAGUGAUAAAUGUGACCUUCUUUGGGAAAACGUACACUAACGAUAUUUCGUUAUCGUUAGAAAACUAACGGAUAGCUAACGGAUAGCUAACGGCUUUUCUAACGUUCUAACGGUUUGUCCAAACGUUCUAACGGUUUGUUCUGACGUUCUAACGAUUUGUCCAAACGCUCUAACGAUUUGUUCUAACGGUUCGUUCUAACGCUCUAACGAUUUGUUCUAACGCUCUAACAGUUGAAUUGGUGGAAGUAAUCGAGCGCUAUUCCCUAUUAAGCAAUCUAUUAACGGCUGGUUCAUCUUGUUGUUAUCAAUGUAUUGAGCGAAAGUUUUAAGUACAGCUGUCGAUCGAUAAACGGCUGAAAAUUGAAAGCAUCAAAAUCACUAGUGAUGUGAUCAACGAGUAAAAUAAUAAUCGAAAUCGACUUGCUCUCGAAACGACUGCGCUUCAAAACAGGCCGUCCAAUUUCUCCUGGAAUGAAACUUCUACUGCAUCGUAUUGACAAGAACUACUGUUUGCAAACACGUAUCUUGACUUGGGACUGUAAUGUUUCCAAAAACUAUAUCAAGCAAGCCCCUCGAUGUCUGAUGAAAGUUUUUAACAAGAUGCCGUAUCGGUUUCAUAAACAACUUUAUGCAAAUUUCGGUUGAAAUUUGACUCCCGGGAAUUUGAAUACGCAGUGAAGCGUUGUGUGACGGACAACACAUGAAUAAAAGCUGUAUUGAAUGAUUGUAGACUUUUUUAAUUACUAGAGAGCCUCAGUUAUUUGGGACUACAAAUCAAAUGGAAAAAAAAUUAAAAUCCCAAACCUUUCCCAGCCCAUGCCUCUGUUCAAUAUCAGCAUAAAAAGCAACUCGCGUGUUCAUUAAUCUUUUUUAUUAUCGACAUUGUUCUAAAACGAUUACAAUCUGUCCUCUAGAAAAAGUCAUAUACAGGUACUAUGACUCGGCCAUCGUGAGUGGCUACCAGUUGAGCUUUGUUGACUCCUGCGUUACUUGACGUGUCCACCAUUCUAGCAAGUUCAUAAAGUGAAGAAAUAAAACUGACUUUGAACGACUUCUUAAGACUCCCGAAACAACGAUCUGGGCCAAAUUUAGUAUGUCCAGCAAUGAGAAAGGAGUAGUUUAUAUUACGAUGAAGUUCAGUUGCAGUCCGCCAUGCUAAAUACCAUAAAAAGUAAUUGUUUUUGUUCUGUCCCGAACAAUUAUCAGCAUUUAAGUGAACAUCUGUUUCCCCCAGACCAUGACGCGAAAAGAAGUGAUGAACGUAACUUAUUGUAGCAUUGGCCCCCUUACCAACAGUCGCAGCUUCGUCAAUUAAAUAGUUUACUUGACGGGGUACACCUUCGCACAUGACUCCGAAAAUUCCACAUUUGCGAGGGGUCUUAAAAUAGAUCGGCCCGGGUUGCAUCGGGUUGCUUGGAAAGUGGACUUGUUGCCCCUUUCGAACCACGCGAACAUCCACAGCCUUCGCGUAGGAAUUUUUUAGCUCUCUCGAUUACCGCGUUAGGAGUUUCUUCUCUCACUAUACUUUCGGUGUCUGCCAUACUUUGUCACUUUCGUGUAAUGCACGCGAGUAAACAAGUGCACGCCAGUUAAAGUGUCAUUUGUUGUCAUGGAAAUUAUACAUUUGCGUGCCGAUUCCGCUUGGGACUUGGGGACAGUUUUGUUGUUUAUUGAACGCGAGCUGCAGUGAUAUUGCGAUAUUCUCUUAUCUAUUUUUUGUCUCUUUCUGUCGCCGCUUUAAGCCCCGACAAGCGGCUCCCACAUUACAUUAAAGCGGCAUUCAAUCGAAAUUAAGUUUUAGGACGGUUACAUAUACUUGGCAAAGUCUGCCACACAGCCACAGCCAUUCUUUGUGUUGAGCGUUGCGUGACGACACAAAGAACUGUUGUGUAGCAGAACGAAAAGUUGUUUUAUUUCGUCUAAGUCUAUCUUUUAAAAAGAAAUUGCCACAAAACGUACCAAAAAGGAGAAGGACAUAGAUACAACCUGAAUAAAUGAUCUAAGAAAUCUCCGAGUCAACUGAGUGUACCGUUCGUAUCGAGAUCGAAAACGGAACAAUCUGAUCAAUAGUUGUAGAUGCAAGAAAAAUUUGCAUAUAUCAUGUGUAAUUUCAAUUAACCAACAAUGGAUCUUGCUUGCUUGCAUCUUUUCAUUUAAAAAUACACAAAACAGCAACGUUUCUAAAGGCAAAAAGAUGGGAAGAAGGUCAUGACUUUUAUACCGAGGGUUUUCCUGCAACCAUUCAAUUCAUUCGAGAUCAAUUAGCGGAAGUCUGCAGAGAAGCGGAUUUCAAGACGUGUGCUUGUUUGUUUACUUCUUAUCGUCGGUAUCUUUUGCCUACAGCCGACGACCAAGCAUUUUGAUAUUAAUUUUUCGUUUCAAAAGCGUAGAACGGGUAGGGAAUUGUGUCGUCGUUUCGUUCACUGGACGUUGGGAAACGGGUUUGGCAAGAAUCACUAGUUUCAGGUGCCCGAUGCGGGCCUUGUUUAUAAUUUCUCGUCGCCCGCUGGCUAAUAAAAUUGUCGUAGAAACCUCUGACGACAGGGCGCCCAUAAGGCAGCGGCCUUGAUCAGCAAAGCAAUAGAAUCGUCAGUUAACGCUUUAGUUUCCUGGACUAACGCGCUCUAACGGAUACAACUAACGCUCUAACGGAUAUACAUGAGUUGCUAACGGAUUGACUAACACCUCUAACGGAUACAACUAACGCUCUAACGGCUACGGAUGAGUUGCUAACGAAUUGCCUAACGCCUCUAACGAUUUUCAUUGAAUCAUCUAACGGAUGACUAACGGACAGCUAACGGUCUAACCGUUUAACGAAAUAUCGUUAGUGUACGUUUUCCCAAAGAAGGUCACAAAUGCUCAUGAAGUCCUGAAAGAUACCAUUAUUAGUUCUUUAACAGAUGGCUCUUCUUUUAAAAAAAGAAAUGGUCAAAAAUUAAAAUAAUGACUGGGUACGUAGUUGGUGUUGACAUUAGUUGAUCAUGAAGGGAACUCUUCCUUGUGAAACGUUGUUUAAGAUGUCAAUACCAAACCAACUGUGGAAUUUACGCAUCCUACCGAUGAUCCAUUAACUGAUACAGUAUUUCCAGCAACAACAAUUUGCUGUCUUUGCCCUACUAAUAUUGAUGUGUCCCAAUUUCUUUGUGAAAAUUUGGGUUUUUAAAUUUAAAAGUAUUUUUUUCUGCCUACAACCAUGUACUUGAUCUCUAUCUGCUAUAGAUAUCAUACUUGGCUGGCAGAAAUUCCCUAAUCAGUGUACCAGAUAUUUGAUUGCACGAUGAAUAUUUAUCCUUAAAUUUGAUUACUGUCUAUUAUUGUCUUUAACAGUCGCCAUGAAAGAGAGUCCGCUACUACCACGGAAAGGCUGCAAAACUGUCUGAACGCUGAGUUUAUUGCAGAUGCUAGUAUUCCUGAUGAAACAGUGUUAAAGGCAGGGCAGAAGGUUUGUCAUAACAAAGGGUCCACUUUUGUGUACUAGUAUAGUAUGAAUCAGUAUAACUUGAAGAAUGUAGUCCAUCGCUAGCGAAAACCAGCCUUUACAUGCUAGGCACUUGUCUGUUCCAUUGAAGUUAAGAUAAUGAUAACAACAACAACUACCAAACAUAGGGUUUUUUUCUGGCAAAGAUUUAAUUGACAAAAAAAAAAAAACUACUUUUAACUUACAGUUAUCCUAGUAUUGCAGCUUGGUGGUAAUACAGUACUGUUUGUCCUUUUGUUGAAUGAGUGACACUUGUACAAUAUCAAUUUUGUUCAUUGUUAAGCUCCUGUGUUUUCUUCUGACAGUUAUAUUUUAUUUGCUGAUUUUUUUUUUUUUUUUUGAAUGUGUUUUACAGUUCUUGAAGCGCUGGACUGUGAAAAAUAAAGGACGCAGGUGGAGUGCAAAGACUGUGGUUAGUAAAAAAGUUACGUUAUAUGCAGUGCUGAGUAAUAGCAUAACCUUAUGCAUGACAGUUCUUCUGUUAUUCAAAUUCCUCAAAAAACAUCACUUGCCCGUCAGGCAAGUUAAAAACAGAAUUCACUAGCCCAAGAGCAAAAUCCACUAGCCAUGGGCUAUCAGACACCAAUUUCACUUUGCAUGCUGCAUGUAAGCAUGCAGAUUUUGAGAUAUGCCAUCCAUCAGUUUUUUUAACUGUGUUGAGCACUGUAUGACUUGUGUAGUUUGAUUAAAACUACCCUUUUAUUACAAAAGGCUGAUGUCAGCCCAGUAGGGGAAAGGCCAUGAAUGAGAUUUGUUGCUUAAGUUUUUGCGUAAUAUUUGGUGCAAUGUGUAGCUGACAGAGAUGGAGGGCUUAUUUAUAUGUUAUGCUACGAGCAAAAAGAUACAACUUUGUUUGCUAACAACUCCCAAAUUGUUGGAUGUUAAAUGAUUCAUCUGUUUGCACAUCCUGGACUUGCAGGUUGUUGGGAGUUGUUGCGCAAAGUUUGAAACCGGUCAAACUUUAAGCUAUCUGCAAAUGAACACAAAAUAUCCCAACAAUGGCAAACAAUGUUGCAUCUGUUUGCACACAGUGCUUAAGUAGUAUUUAGCAACUCAGACUGGCAGCCUAUUAGACAUUUGACAUUAGACAUUUGAACGACUCAUGUCUACCGGAAGUGAGCCUUUUUCUCUUGUCUUGACGCUACCAUAUAUGUAUUGCCAAGGGUCUUCAUUUUUAUACCGAUGAUUUGCCCAAAAAUAUGUACAAAAUCAUGGCUCAAGAGUGCAAAAAGUCCACUUCUGGUUGGCAUGCAUCGCUCCAAAACAUUGCUGCUUAAACUCCCUAAUAACAUAGAUGUACAGUAGUAUAGUUUUCAACCACAACAAGCAUUUGUCUAUAAGUGAACACUGACUAAGUGAGUAAAUGACACCCUAUUCACCAAAGCAUAGUUAUAGUCCACUUCUGCAAUAAUACCUGUUGUCCUAACAGCUGGGCACAUGCCUUAUUGAUUUUAAGGGCUUACAUAUUGUUUUGUUUUGUUCACUGAAGUUGCAAUGUGUAGAGGGUAAUAUCACAGUGGCAUCAGGAGACAACAUGGUGGAGGUUCCACCGCUGAAACCUGAUGAGCAAGGUGAACUGGCUGUUCCAUUUGUUGCGCCUUCCGCCCCUGGGCGUUAUGAAAGGUAUGUCAUUGUGGCACUUCAAAAAUAAAAGCUUCUAAAUUAAUGUGCAAAAGGAUUUUCAUGAAAAAGAGAUUCUUAGUGAUUGUGCCCAAUUGCUUAUAGUCCUGAACCAUCAUGCAGAGACGUGUAUCACAUCAGUAGAAGAUUAUGGAUUUUGUCCUUAGUGGAAAGCUGGUGUCAAUAUUGGGUCAGGGGAGGGGUAGGCUGGCCUUUUUCCAGAAUCUUAUACGUAUUUGGUCAAUCAGUAACUUUUGAUGUUGCUGUUAAUAUCCUCUUGCAGCAAGUGGCAGCUGUGCCAUCAAAGGAUUCCACAUAAGAUUCCAUUUGGUCCACUCUUCUGGUGCCAGAUUAUUGUUGAAGGAGACAAAAUGGAAUGUGAGGUCGCCCAGAGAGAGGAGGCAGCAGGUAGGUUCAUUUGAUUAUUUGCCUGCAGGCCUGUUGUAAAGAUUAUCCUCUCCAUGGCCACACAUGUCUUAACCUUGUUGUGUUUUCUUUGGUUUAUUUGUUUUAGUCAUCUGCUCAGCUCCAACAGCCUUUUUGCUGUAAAUACUGCAAAAGAUAUAGGAAUUAUUUUUUUGUUAUUCUCUCAAGAGGACAAAGCUUGAACAUUAAUCCUGUGUAAUGUGUUUCCUCUAAAGAACCAACACAAGUACCAAGCCAUGACACCACCUCUCUGGUGAACAGUGCAUUCCUUGAAGGUGUGUCCCACCCUGUAAGAAAACUUGUGGAGCACAUAGUACCCCAGGGUGGUCAGAUUGAGGAGGCUGAUGAAGCAUCAGGAUCUGAUGCCUACCUGAGUUCUGAAGACACAGCAGAGUAUAAGAAAGUGGCAACGCCAUUAGAGUCAGUAUUGGUUGCCACCCAGGCUGCUCAAGCUGCAGAAUUGGAGUGGGAUGCAGCAGGAUGUACCCUUGACACAGAUUCGUGUGACAAAGAAGAGACUGAGGAGCUUGUGUUGUGCAAUGCAGUUGAAGGUAACAUAUGCUGCUUUAGACCCUUUGAAAAGGCUCACUUAUGCCAGUUUGGCUGAUUGGAAUUUUGGCGAUGGAGAAGCCCUAUUCAAGGCUGUCACUAAAAUUUCAAGUUUCUGGGUAUAUGCAAUUAGUAGGAGGGGAAUUGUACAGCUAGGGGUUCUUUUGGUUCCGUUUUCCUUUAGUUCCCUCUGAAAGUAGCCAGGUCUCAUGCUCAUUGUAGCUGGGGGAAAUCCUCCUCCCCCCCCCCCCGGCUCUUAGUGAGAGCCCUGCUAUUCCUCUUGCCAACCUUGCUGGCUCACACUGGUGGUUUCGCCACCAUAAUUUUCCCCAAAAGAGCCUGCCUAAGUCUAGCUGCUUUAUAAAUUGGACAUUGGGGGUUUAAGUUCAUUUUAGCCAUGUGUUAGGUCCUUGUUUCAUAGUUUGUCAUUACAUCCUGUCACAAACUCGUCAGGUUUUUUUUCCUGUUUCCAUUUUUGUUCAGUUUUGAUCCACAAGAAAAGAGUGUCGAUCGCAACUUGUUCAUUUGCCCAUCCCUUCAUUCGUUGAUUCAUUUGCUCAUUCACUCAUUCCUUUAUUCAUUCAAAUAAUAAUUAUUAAGCUAAGGGAUCAUAAAAAUAACAAUCUUUUUCAUUAACAAGUCUUACAGCAAGGAGCCCAAAAGUGUGACCUCCUUUAAUUGUGCAGACAUUCACCAAUUACAAGUCGAGGACAGUUUCCUGCUGGCUUCUGAUUGGAUUAAAUCUGUACAAAAGAGUGUGAAAAAAGAAGUGACCACACUUUUGGGUUCCUUGCUGUAAAACUUGCCCUUGUUUUGCUAGCCUGUUUCAGGUAUUCUGAUAGUGGAGUGUGGCAGUAACCCGUUUUUUUUUGGGGGGGAGGGUACUGCCAUAUAUGGGCUAUAUGGGUAUGUGCUGCUGUGAAGGGUAUGGUUUUCAAUAGUGGCAGUUUACUCUGGGAUAGGGUAUAUAAAUCAGAGAGUUGGGGUCCAGAAUAGGGUGUCAUUUUCCAUGAAACUGAUCAAUUGGUUGAAGAUUUUAGUCUAGACAAGGGAAACCGGGAAUUGCCACUCAAAAAUAUGAAAAAAAAAAACAAAUCGGCAGUUUUAAAUUUAUGCAACUCAGACCGAAACCUACUCUAGGACAGGGGGGGUUUGGGAAGUUUAGUCUAGUAUAGGGUACCAAAAUUCAGCUGAACUAGCUCUGGUGUAGGCUAAGGGUUCCAGGGUCCCAGCGGCACAUUCUCACCCAAAAAUUUCCCCAGGGGCAGUAAGUCAGGGAGCAUAAAAAAUAAGGAGGGAGAAGGACCUUGCUAUUUUUCUACUCAUUUCUCUUUGUGCUGUUGCCACUAUGUGAAUGCCUGGAAGAGGCUUUUGUGAUCCAAAAAGAGGAAUAGGACAGGCCGGGAAAGGCCCAAAAAAGUAACUUAAAUUAAAUGUCUUUACAGAUGCCGGAAGCGAUGUGGAAAGCAUCUUCAGUGAUAUAUCAGAUGACUUCAUGGUGGUUCCCAUCCCUCCCUGUUUCAUUCCAGAGGCCCCCCUGACCGCAGACCCUGCGCACGUGACUGUUAGCAUGACAGAAUACAAGCAGAUGUCAGAGAGUCAUCAGGGACCUUUUUCAUUGGACCUCAGUCCUCACGCUUCUCUUGAGGUAGAGCUCAAGAGUAGUUCUGCUGAUGCUUGCUAUACUGACCAAAUGAGUGUUGCCAAUGUUUCAACAAUAUUGGAGGGUGGUUCUACCCUUGUGGAUUUAAGGGAUGUUACCAGCAGUGAGACACCAAUGGAGAUGACAUCAAGGACAAACAUGGAAGGAGAACAGAAUGUUUUUAAUCUGGCUAGUGAGACCUUGCCUCUGCUUCCAGAGCCCCUCAUCCCUGAACCAGGACUGCAGGUAACUGGGUUAGUGGAAGCAGCGCCAACCGUCGUCAACUCCACUGAGUCUACAUUACCAAUUACCAAUGAACCUCUCCCUGCACUCGAACCAGCAGAGGAUGACAACAGUGUUGUUGGAGUUGAUGAUGCCAAUGAUGCUGCACAGCCACAGCCAGAACCAAGCUCACAACCCAUCGCAACCCAGCCAAUGACCGGGACAGACGAGUCGCCUCCAGUAGCACUACAACCAGAGCCCUCAUCAUCAGUGAAUGUAGCACCGACCACUGUACAAACAAGGGGAGUGGUGCAGCAUAUUCCCAACACCAGCAAUGACUUCCCCACCGACGUCGUUAAAGAUGUGUUGUCCACUGCCUUUGAUGCAGUAGCCAGUGCUGGUCGAGCUAUUGUGGACACUAUGGACAAUCUUUUCACUGGCAAUCCAAAGCCAGAACCUACAGCUACUUACAACCCUGAGCAGGGAUGUGAGAUAUCAGUUAAUCAAGAAGAAGGGGACCAAAUAAGAGUAUGUCAAAUUGCUUGUUGUGUACCAUAUAUUUUCAACUUGAAGUUACAACUGGAGCUUUCUGCAGAAUGUGUAUAAUUGUCCCAAAAACUAUCUUCUCUCUACUAAGAGUGUUAACUCUUUACGGACUCCUUCAAAUUCAAAUUAUUUCCCUUCUAAGGAUUCAGGGAAACCAAUACUUACCGCAAAUCCUACUUCAUACGAGUGUACGAGUGAUUUAUUAGCAACAAUUUUGUAUACUCGUGUAUUGGUACAUGUAUAUACUUCUCCCUCCCCCCUCCCUCCCCCAUUUGGGCCCACAAGGAUAUUGCUUGUUCCAAACUAACAGCGACUUUCUCUCCCCUCCACAGGACGCUCCUGAAGUGCACUCAGUAUCCUGGCCUCCUGGUAGAUCGCCUGGCACGUGUCAGGAAUGCUUGGUGGAGAUGGGAUUCUGCGAUCGCAAACUCAAUGAACAACUUCUGAAGAAACACAACAACAAUGUGGCCCUUGUCGUGAACGAGCUAUUAUCGUUCACUGAUAAUGACUGGUCCACGCGGAGACAUUAAUUAAAUGUAAGGGAUGUUAAGCAAGGAGUUUUUGAAUGACAGACAGCAACCGGAAGUGAAAUGCCGGAAGUACCUCAAGUAUAAUGGCGGAAAUACCGGAAGUAAAAUGCCUUGAUGCUACCACAUUUGAAUAGCUAAUUGUCUCUUUCUCCUUUAGAGACGAUUCGUUCAAAAUUUAUACGGCCCACGAAUGCAAAAGGUCCUCUUCCGGUUGACGUUGGUCGCUCAAAAACGUCGUUGCCUUAACUCCGUAUUAAUUAAAUAUGACGAAGCUCAAACAAAGCCGUUUUUGAACAACAGGUGGUUACAAGCUGAAAUGAGGCUGUUUCCUUUUGAAAAUGCCAAGAUGCUACUGCUUUUGUAUUGGAAAGUGACCUUACUCUUAAAGACGAUUUGCCCGAAUUUCCGGGCUAAACCACUGCCCACUAAAUUAUGCAAAACAACCCCUUCCAGUUGCCGUCCAUUGCUCAAAAACGCCUUUGCUUUUGAAUUAGUUUAGUUUGGUUUGGUUCUAAUGGGUGGUUUUUGUAUCUAUUUAAUGGGAUAGUCUAAUUAAUUUUUGGUUAAAACUUUUGAAAACAUUAAAAAUUUAAAGACUUAUCCUUAGUGUUAGUUGUUCCUUUGGCUGUCAAGCGUGGCCAAUGUUAUUUUCCAAAUUCAAUUUGUGAGGUGAUUUCAGUGUUAUUCAAGACUAUACUUCAGCGUUGAAAAUGUUUUAUGUCGUCUAUUGCUACAGAUGGCAAGGAUGGACUAGAAUUGAAACUUAAAACUAUUGGGCCAACUUUUUUAUAUUUUAAGGCUAUGCCCAUAAUAGCCUGUGUGCAGACGCUCCCCUCCUCUCAGAAAAAAAUCGGGAAGAGAGGCCCUCUCUCCCCGCUUAUUUCUGCGGGCAGGGGGAGUCUGUACACAGGCCAAGCCAACAAUAAUCAGCUGAAGAAUUAUCAUGAUUAGUGUUCCUUGAGGAAAUUCGUGUGGUCUCUUCUUCAUACCACUACAGGUGGAGCAAUUUGUGUAUAGGGUUAAGACACUAGGAAAUGAUUUCUGCACAGAAUUGACCUAAAUCAGCCUAAUAUCCUCGUGAUAUAACCCCUUUAAUGGAAACUUCAAAAUAAAAAGUUGGUACAAUAGAAAAGUAACAGAUAAGUGAUUAGAAACUACAAGUGGUGUAGGAGGUUAAAACAGAUAACAAACGACAAACUGGAAAGAGAAUCAAACAGAACUCUAGGAUAUAUCUGAUUAGAAAAGGUCAGAUAAUCAUCACAAUACUGUUGUUGUAUUCAUUGCAGCAAGUUUACCAAAUGUCCGGGGAUUUUAACUAGGAAUUAACAUGACAAGGACAGCGGACAUUUCGUGACACAAAUGGUUUCCUCGCGAAUUGACGUCUGAGGAACGAGCACAGAAAGCGCGCGGAAAGCACUCUAUGCGACUUUCGGUGUCCAAAUUCUCUCUCUGCCAUUGGUCAAGCCAGUUAUUUGGUUUGCGCGUACCGUUGUCAACUGACGUCCCCUUUCUGUUGCUAAAUCAGCCUGAUAACAUACCGUUGACGUGUCGCUAUCCAGAUCUGAGUGGUGCUCCUGAUUGGUCGUGCCGCUUGGGAAAUUUUCUUCAACCAAUCAAAAGGGAUAACCCAGAUCUAGGUAACGGCACGUCAUCAGUAUGGAAUUUCGGCACUUUUUCUCAUCCGUCAUCUCCCGGGGAAAACCAGUGGUGGCGUCGCAAAAUGUCGGCUGCUUUCGUAAAAUGUCGGCUGUUUUCGUGAAAUGUCGGCUGUUUUCGUGGGCCUUGACAUAACGCUUGGGUUUCUUCUUAAGUCGAUGGGAAAGGUUUGGAUAAAAUUCGGGUGCCACGUAAUGAAUGCAUUCAUUAAUGAAGUGUUUGUUUACACCAACUAAACUAGUAGACUAAGUUAAAUUUGCAAACUGAGGCUGAGGCGUUGAAAUCCGUAAUAUCGUCACAUCCAGCUUUAUCAUUUGUUUCUGUCUUCGAUAUAAAUUAUAAGCUGUAGAUAUACGAGUGAUUCUCUUAUUAACGCUGGCUAGUGUUUCUCCUUUGUUUUUCUUUAGUAGGUAAUU